UGUUUUCAUUUCUAUUGCAAUAUGGCUUCCAUCAUGGAAGGACCCCUUAGUAAAUGGACUAACGUCAUGAAGGGCUGGCAGUACCGUUGGUUUGUAUUGGAUUACAAUGCUGGUUUGCUUUCAUAUUACACGUCUAAAGACAAAAUGAUGAGAGGUUCUCGCAGAGGAUGCGUUCGACUCCGCGGAGCAGUGAUUGGUAUAGAUGAUGAGGACGACAGCACCUUCACAAUCACAGUUGAUCAGAAGACCUUCCAUUUCCAAGCUCGUGAUGCUGAUGAGAGAGAGAAGUGGAUUAAUGCUUUAGAAGAAACUAUUCUUCGGCACACUCACCAGCUACGGGGUGCUGAAUCAGGAUUUGUUCCAAGUGUUCAAGACUUUGACAAAAAACUUGCAGAAGCGGAUGCAUAUUUGCAAAUUCUGAUUGAUCAGCUGAAGUUAUUAGAUGACAAAAUUCAAAACUGCAAAGAUGAAGAACAGCGGAAGAAAAUUGAAAACCUUAAAGAAACAACAUCUGUAAGUUUACAGACUCUUCUUUUGAUACCUGUUUGUUGCCCUGAUUGGCUGAACAUGGUAGAGUCAAUUAAACAUUGCAUCGUGCUCCUACAGAUUGCAAAGGACCAAACUAAUGAGGAGAAGCACGCAAAUGGACUUGUAAGUACUAUUAAUCCAGUGAAUGUAAUAUAUCAGACUGGCCCUCAGGAACCGUCAAUAAUCAGCACGAUGCCUAUACAGACAGCCUUACCACCAGAUCCUUCACAGUUGUAUAAAUCAGAAGCACGUCCAUCAUCGUUGCCUGUUGUAUCAGUAGGAACAUCAGUUGAAGAUCUGCAGACCCCAACUCCUAAUAGUACUGGCAGUGGCCAGUCAGUACCCAGUAGCAGUGUGACAUCACCCAGUCAUGUAAACAUGUCUCCAAAUACUGUUCCUGACUUCUCUUACUCCAGCAGUGAGGAUGAAUUUUAUGAUGCUGAUGAAUUCUACCAGAGUAACUCCUCACCCAAGCGAUGUCUAGACGCUUCAAUGACAACAGAGGUACUGACACUUAGUAGUACGGGUUCCAGUCUGAAGCGACCAAACACCACAGAAUCUCUUGAUUCUUCUAUGUCAAAUGGUACAAAUGAUGCAGAUCAGUUUGACACCAAUGAUGAUCGAGAUGACGAUCCUGAAGGAGAAUCUGUGGAGGAGCACAAAAGCGUCAUUAUGCAUCUUCUGUCACAGGUUCGACUAGGAAUGGAUUUGACAAAAGUGGUUCUUCCAACGUUUAUACUAGAAAGAAGGUCUCUUCUAGAAAUGUAUGCAGAUUUUUUUGCACAUCCAGAUUUAUUUGUAAGCAUUGCAGAUCAGAAGGACCCCAAAGAUCGAAUGGUGCAGGUAGUGAAAUGGUACCUCUCAGCAUUCCAUGCUGGAAGGAAAGGCUCUGUUGCCAAAAAGCCAUACAAUCCCAUUUUGGGAGAGAUCUUCCUGUGUCACUGGGACAUUCCAGGCUUUGAAAAUGAAAAUGUGGAACCUGUUGCAGAGGGACCUGUUCCAUGGGCAGCCAAAAACAAUGUAUCUUUUGUGGCUGAGCAAGUUUCACACCACCCACCAAUUUCAGCCUUCUAUGCAGAAUGUUAUUGCAAGAGAAUUCAGUUUAAUGCUCACAUAUGGACAAAGUCAAAGUUCCUAGGGAUGUCUAUUGGAGUCCAUAAUAUAGGACAAGGAUGUGUGUCAUGCCUGGAUUAUGAUGAGCACUAUAUUCUCACUUUUCCUAAUGGUUAUGGCAGAUCAAUUCUUACAGUGCCUUGGGUGGAGCUGGGAGGUGAAUGUAACAUUACGUGCUCAAAAACAGGAUACAGUGCUACUAUCAUAUUCCACACCAAGCCCUUUUAUGGAGGCAAGAAGCACAGAGUAACGGCCGAAGUCUUUCCUCCAAAUGAAAGGAAGGCAUUCUGUUCAAUUGAAGGAGAAUGGAAUGGUGUUAUGUAUACAAAAUCUCCCACAGGCAUAAGUCAGGAGAAUGCAUUGUUCAUAGACACCAAGAAACUGCCCAUAGUCAAGAAAAAAGUACGGAAACUAGAGGAUCAGCAGGAAUAUGAGUCUCGCAGACUUUGGAAAGAUGUAACAUACAGUUUGAAGGUAAAGGAUAUUGAUUCAGCCACAGAAGCAAAGCAUCGCCUUGAAGAAAGACAGCGAGCAGAAGCCAGAGAGAGGAAGGAACAGGAAAAAUCUUGGGAGACACGGUUGUUCCAUGAAGAUGGAGAAUGCUGGAUAUAUGAUGACCCAUUAUUGAAACGACUGGCCACUGAUAAACAUUAAGAAACCUGCAGACCUUAAAGAACUCCCGAGUGCAUCCUGUUUUAUGGCCUUUGAAUGAAAAAAUUCUACAUGGUGUUUACACGUCUGAUACCAACAGCAACAAAGCAGUUCUUGUUGGUGUUAUUUUAAAGAAUACUUCUUCCUUGACUAGUGGCUUCUAACUCAGGGAAACUGGACUCAAAGUUGCUGAUGAAUGAUUUGAGAGAUUACAAUAUAUAUUAUAUAUAUUUUUUCUCUCCGUUUUUUGGUACCCUGAUAAAGCUCAUAUCUGAGUUGCAUUAGCUGAUGUGGUUCCUUAAGACUGUGUUCUGCCUGAGAGGCAUUAUGUUUGUUACCUCUGCCAAAUGUGAGCAUUUAAACUUUGAAUCAAAGUGUGUUUAUAUAUAGUAUAGAUAAAUAUAUAUGAUUAUAUAUAUUCAUGCCCACUUAACAGUUACUGUAAAAUACAAGUCAUGCAUCUCUGUCUCUGUGUGUAAACAUUGUACAGGUUUAUUUGAUAGGAUGCAAAAAUAACAGUUUACAUACAUUAUUCCAAGUGGACUUAAAUGUAAACUUUAUCAUUUAAGACAAGAAACUAGGACCAUUUUAAAUACAGUGUGGCAAAUGCUAUUCCAGUUAUGACAGAUAUGUUAUGAUUAGCGACCAUUUAAAGAACCGAAGCUUGUGAAUUUCCCAUUUGUUUGACUAUAAACAUUUACCUACAUACUGAGGCACUGCCAUUCAUUGCAGAAGUGGCUUUCUCCAAAAUAAAAUGUAUUUUUUAUUUGUAAAAACUGAAUUGUUUAAUAUGUAAAGCAGAUUUAUGCAAAGUCUCAUUCAUGUUUCAGCAUAUUAAACAUGAACUAGAUUUUCAAA